GUUAGAAAAGCACUGAUCCUACUGGCCCACUCAGAGAGGACAUCCUUCAACUAUGCCAUGAAGGAGGCCGCCGUAGAGGCUUUGAAGAGGAAAGGAUGGGAGGUCACUGUGUCGGACCUGUAUGCCAUGAACUUCAAUCCCGUCAUCUCCAGAAACAACAUCACAGGUAAACUGGAGGACCCCGGGAACUCUCAGUAUCCUGCUGAGUCUGUUCUAGCUUAUAAAGAAGGCUGUCUGAGCCCAGAUAUUGUGGCCGAACAAAAGAAGCUGCAAGCCACAGACCUUGUGAUUUUUUCAGGUAUUAAAAGUUUACUCUCUCAAGUUGUUCUUGGAGGGACUUCCCUGAUUAACUUUUGUUGUUUGUAUAUGGUACAAGGUCUGUGGGGUUUGAUCUGUAACUCACCUUUGUGCUUUGUGUAUCCCCAGAGUGGCACUCUGCAUUUCUGUGGCUUCCAAGUCUUGGAACCUCAACUGACAUAUAGCAUUGGGCACACUCCCGAGGAUGUCCGAAUUCAGAUCCUGGAAGGAUGGAAGAAACGCCUGGAGAAUAUUUGGGAUGAGAUGCCACUGUAUUUUGCUCCAAGUAGCCUCUUUGACCUAAACUUCUAGGCAGGAUUCUUAAUGAACAAGGAGGUACAGGAUGAACAGAAAAAUAAGGAAUUUGGCCUUUCAGUGGGCCAUCACUCGGGCAAGUCCAUCCCAACGGACAACCAGAUCAAAGCCAGAAAAUAAGAUUCACAAGACUUGAUUUCCUUCUAAAAUAUAGCCAAAUCUAGACUUCUUUCUUGGGGUUCCUUGACUUGCUUUAGUUUUUAAGAUUUGUGUUUUUCUUUUGCCACAAGGAAUGGAUAGAACAGACUAUAUUCAUACAUUUUUGUAUAGUUUUGUUAAACAUAACCGAUUCUGUUUUUUUUUAAAUUAUUAAUUUAUUUAUUUAUGGCUGCGUUGGGUCUUCAUUGCUGCAUGUGGGCUUUCUCUAGUUGCAGCGAGUGGGGGCUAUUCUUCGUUGCGGUGCACGGGCUUCUCAUGUAGUGGCUUCUCUUGUGCAGCACAGGCCCUAGGCACAUGGGCUUCAGUAGUUGUGGCACGUGGGCUCAGUAGUUGUGGCACGUGGGCUCUAGAGCACAGGCUUAGUAGUGGCACACGGGCUUAGUUGCUCCGCAGCACGUGGGAUCUUCCUGGACCAAGGCUUGAACCCGCGUCCCCUGCAUUGGCAGGCGGAUUCUUAGCCACUACGCCACCAGGGAAGUCCCAAAUGUAACCAACUGCUAUCAUGGCAAAAUCUGAUUAGGCUCAAAAGGCCUCUCAGGCUUAGGACGUAAAGCCGGAGAGAAGGGUGUAGAAAGAUCCCAGACAGUAUUCUUUAAGGUCCUCUACACAAUUUAAUUCCUCUCUUUAGAGAUACAUUUUUAGGAAUAAAUCUGGCUAGAGAGCAUCCAACUCCUCAAUGAUCUAUUUUUCUUUUAAUUACCUCUCUGUGGUUUAUGGCAGAAGGGAAUUGCUCAGAGAAAGAAAUGACGAAAUCUGUCUGACCUAAGGGACUUGUUUAGUAAUUACUACUCUCUGCUUGUUUGUGAGAUAUACUGGCUUUAAUUACUACACAAUGAAUAUUAUGCCUAAUACGAGUGUCAUUCUCCUUCAGCUUUUGUUGUUUCUAUACAGUGCACACAGACACCUUGAAAUGAAAAGCUAAAAAAAAUCUCUUUAAUUCAAUCUUCUAAUUUAAUGUCUGCAAAUAAACCAACACCUCUAAACACUACAUCUGCUACAAUGAAUGAAUUCACGAAAGGAAACAGUACUCCCAGUAUCUAAAAACAGCUUGCCACAAACAGUACUUUAUUUCAGAUCCAUGUAACUAACCUUCUGGAAGUUUUUCCUGUAUCAUUGAUAAACUGAUGACUUGCCUUUUAAAGAUGUGUUUUGGUUUCAUGAAUUUAGGGACAAAAUUGUGAGCCUAGAGUUUCAUUAACUUUGGUGAACAAUUUUGGCGUAACAUUCUAACUUCCUAUUUAAAUGAUUGAGGUGCACCUCUACUCACUGUUGGUAUAACCUAAGUAGAAAAUGAUGAAAGAACGCCCUCUUGUGGUGCACAGAAAGAAAACAUGAGAAAAUGAUGCAAAGCAAGGUUGCAUGAAACUGGGAACAGCCUCUUACCUGCCAAGGAAAUGAUGGCGUCAGGCUGGAGAACCUCAUGUGCUAGAUGCCAGCAGGCACUGGGUAUUCUUUCCACAAUAUCCACAAUGGCAGAUGGCUGGGUGCUUCAGUUUGAAAACAUAUGAAAAUAUUUACUGUUGCCUUCAUCUUCACUGUAGUUUUAUGUAAAUUUCUAAA